ACACCUUCAGUGAAUGCCAACUGGCUUGUAAGUUCAACGAUAUGAUUCGCUUCUGUGGCUGCUACCCCUAUCAAUAUGCAAACAUCUACAAUCAAUCUCGAUGCUUGCUCAGUGACAUCUCAUGCCUUAUUAAAUGGAAGAGUAUGUGGGACAACUCUGAGCCUUAUAUGGUAAAUUUAAAUUCCCAUUUCAUUGGAACUCAAUGCUCAGAUUGUAGACCACAGUGCAACUACAUAAAGUACGGCAUUCGUUCGCAUUUUGGCUUCGUACAACCCUUCACCCCAGCAGAUUUCUUCAAUGAAUCCAUUUCCAUGGAUGAAAGUCACUUGAGCGUCGUUCAUGUGCACUUUGCUCUUCCAUAUGCCGUUGAGUAUCUUCAAACCAUCGUAUCUACUUGGUAUGACCUCUUGGCUACUCUUGGUGGUUUAGCGGGCUUUAUUAUUGGUGCAAGCUUACUCUCCGUGGUGGAAUUUGCUUGGUAUGCCAGCGGAAAGCUCUGCACAGUGUGGUUUGAGAAGAGCCCCGAAGAGAAGCUCAAAUCUCUACCACAAAUCUAUCUCAGUGAUUUCAAAAUUGUCGAGAGAAGGAAUUUUCCAAUGGAAGAUGCUGUGAAAAAGAAAUGAAGCAAUUCUGCUGAGAGAAACUAUUUUCCAUGCUAUUUAAGCACAUUCUUGCACUCAAUGUGGCUUCUGGUUGUGUUGGAAAAAUGCAAUA